AUGGGGAAUAAACAGACAAUAUUCACCGCACAGCAGCUUGAUGCGUAUCAGGACUGCACGUUCUUCACGCGUAAAGAAAUCCUAAGAUUAUUCUACCGUUAUCGUGACUUGGCACCACAGCUCGUUCCACUUGACUACACGGGCCAGCCAGAUGUGAGGCUGCCAUACGAGCUGAUCGGCAGCAUGCCAGAACUGAAGGACAACCCAUUCCGUCAGAGGAUUGCUGAGGUUUUCUCAGAGGACGGAGAAGGAAACAUGACUCUGGAUGACUUCCUGGAUAUGUUCUCAGUGCUGAGUGAGAUGGCUCCACGAGACCUGAAGGCCUACUACGCUUUUAAGAUCUACGAUUUCAACAACGAUGACUUCCUGUGCAAGUCAGACCUGGAGAAGACCCUGAACAAGCUGACGCGGAACGAGCUGACGGAGGAAGAGGUGCGCAUGGUGUGUGACAAGGUGAUCGACGAGGCUGACCUGGACAACGAUGGACGGCUCUCAUUGGAGGAUUUCCAGCACAUGAUUGUCCGUGCGCCUGACUUCCUCAGCACUUUCCAUAUAAGGAUAUGACGACCAAAAAGAUGACAUGAUCAAUGGCAAUGAGAAGAACAUUCAGGAAUAAAUCCGAUGGACUCAAGUGCAUACUCCUCGUGUGAUCCUCAAAACCUCCAGGAGAACAGCCAGAGGCC